AUGAAUGCGGGAGAGCCCAAUACCCGUAAUCGCAUCUGGACAACAGGCAGUUCCAACAAUGGAUUUCUCGAUGAGAAUCUGCAACAACAACCGCUGCCCUUGCAACGCCUUCAAACGCCGGGUAAGAAAUCUAAAUUUGUAAAAUUUGGAGUUUCAGGUCCUGGUUUUGGUAGUGCCAAUGGACAUGCGGACAGUGGUCAGAGCAAGCAUCUACCCUACCAGCCCAUAAACUCCAAUCUAAUUGGCGUGCAGUCAAAGUUUCGUCGCAGUUACUAUCACAAGUUUCUCCUGGGUGGAUUGGUGGCGCUGGUAAUCAUUUUGCUGAUAACAAUCAUAGUGAUAAGCAUAAGUUUUAAGAAAUCGAAUAGUUUAUGCCGUAGCAAGGAGUGCAUCCGCACAGCGGCCAGCCUCAUCUACGCCAUGGACGAACAGACUGAUCCCUGCAAGGACUUUUACAAAUUCACCUGUGGCCGCUGGGCCGAUGAGCAUCCACGUCCCGACUCGGCGACGUCCAAUGAUUGGUUCCGGGAGCGUCAGGCGCAUAUAAUGCGAGUGUUGCGCGAGUUCCUCAGGUCAAACAUCAGCAGCAGCGAGCCAGAGGCUGUGGGCAUGGCCAAAACCAUGUACAAGGCAUGCAUGGACACUGAACUCCUCGAUGAGCGCAAUCUGGAACCGCUCGUUGACUAUAUGCAACGAUUUAAGCUGCUCCUGCUGCCCUCCGCCUUGAAUCUUACCCUGAGCAGUAACUCAAAGUAUGAUAUGGCCAAUAAAAGCUUUGACUGGCUGGAUACUAUUGUGGCUAUUAAGCGACAUCUCAGCCUGGAUCUCAUUAUUGGAUUUGAUGUGUUUCCCGAUCCUCUGAACCGUACCCUUAACCGCAUUGCUCUGGGCACACCAGAAUCAGAUUCCGCAUUUCCUUUCAAUAAUGAUGACUCACAUAAGUUGCUUCGAAAGAUUCACAAGAGAACCAUCUUCAUGCAAAACGUCGACGAGAACGACGAUCCCGACAAUCACGAGACCGAAGAGGAGGAGGCCUCAAAGCAGACAACCUCUGGCAUGUCCGCCUAUGUACUCUAUGUUCGCAAGGUUCUCGAGAAAUAUCUGAUCUAUAUUGAUCCGGAUGUUAACCAGGAUGAGGCGACCAUCGGCAUUACGGAAUUGGUGAAACAAGCUGUAAAAGUUGCCCGAAAGAUUCAUAUGUUGAAAGAAGAGGCGGAGAACAUGACGAAGCCCUCCAAGAAUCCUGUGGAUGACAUUGUAUAUAUUUCACUGAUGCAGCUGCAGAAUCAAACAGACAAAAAGAUUGCACCACAGACAAUGCCAAUCUGGACGCGUUACAUGAGUCUCAUUUUGGCGGGAACAAAGCAAGCAGUUAAUCAGGAGGCCAGCAAUACCACUAUUAUAACCAGCCAGGCAGACAUAUUCUAUCUGCAGAGCAUUGUGGAGUAUCUGCAGGAGACCCCCGCGAUGCACAUUGAAUCCUAUCUGUGGCUAAGUUCGCUCGAGGAGCUGGUGUUGCAUACGACGAGUGACAUGAGGCUGUUGCAUUCCGAGUACAUGCGUCUGGCCAUUGGUACCGAGGGCAGCACACCCCGAUCCCUGUAUUGUGCCCACGGGGUGAAUACACUAUUUGGCAUGGCGGUCAGCUAUGUCCUGGCUGAUGAGAGAUUCUACAGGGAGACGUUGCCACGAGUGGAGCGCAUGCUGAGUGAUAUACGUCGUUCGUUUGAUCGUCUGGUGCGUGCAACAUCAUGGAUGGAUGCGGCAACCAAGCGUCAGACAAUGCAAAAGUCGGCCGAAAUGAAAAGCUUUAUUGGCUUCCCCUCCUGGCUGACCAAUGAGACGGCUCUUAAUGCGUACUACGAAGGCGUUAAGGUUAAUGCGAGCACUCAUCUGGAGAACCUUAUGGGAUUUGUGCACUGGCAAAUGUUGGGCAGAAUCAAUGACAUGGACCAACCCGAGCCCAUUGGUUGGGCCACAUCGCCCUCAAAUGUGAACGCAUUUCAUACUUUUCAAUCGAAUGCCAUAACGGUGCCCAUUGCCAUACUGCAGUACCCGUUCUACGACCUCGGCCUUGAAGCCCUAAAUUACGGCUCAAUUGGUACGAUAUUAGGACACGAACUGACGCACGGAUUCGAUGACAGUGGGCGGCGAUUCGACAGGGCUGGAAAUAUGGUGGAGUGGUGGUCCAACCAGACAAUCAAUGAGUACGUCAAUCGCACGGAUUGUUUUGUCGACCAGUACAGUCACUACUAUCUGCCGGAUAUUGGAGAAUAUAUUGAUGGAGAGCUGACCUUGGGUGAGAACAUUGCGGACAAUGGCGGCAUGCGAGAGGCCUACCUGGCAUACAGACUCUACGUGAAGGAGAUGGGUCGUGAGCGCCUAAAGCUGCCCGGCCUGGAGCAUUACACCCAUGAGCAGCUGUUCUUCAUAGCCUUUGGAAAUCUUUGGUGUGAGACAUAUACGCCUGCUGCGUCGCGUUUUGCAUUGGAAGAUUCACAUUGCCCUGGUCAGAUACGGCUCAAGGGUGUGUUGUCAAAUUCAGAGGAGUUUGCUCGCACCUUCAAGUGUGCUUCAGGUACACCAAUGAAUCCGGGCCAGCCUAGAUGCCGCAUAUGGUAAUCGAAUACGAACAAUUGAGAUAUAAACACUCAAGUGAUUUUUCUACGUACAUAG